UCAAUCCGUUGCAAAAACGGAAGCGUUACCAUUAUAUUUACAUGUAGUGGAAGGAAAGCGGGGCUGUGGUAAGAGGUGACGCUUACUUAUUUAUGAUGGUGUUUGGACUAAAACCAGUGUGUGACAAAUGUGGCACGAAAGAAACGAAUCUCUGGCAUAAGGACGAAAAUGAUCAGAUAGUGUGCAGCGAGUGCCAGGCUAGUGCCGUUUGCCUUCAGCCCCGAGCACCCCCUAGGGCAUCCCGGAGUCGUGAUGAGGACGACAACGACACAGCCCGGGACGAGGAUAGAGUGGAUCAAGACGACCACAAGGAUGCAGACUCCAGCAAUGGUAACGGUGGCAAGGAUGAAGAUCAGGACGGGGAUAAGGACAAGGAUUCAGGCCGAAGCUCGGAUAAGAGAGAGACCAAACGAAGGACGCGCAAAGGACGGCAAGGCGGGAAAGGCAGUGUACCCAAGGGCAAAGGACGACGGUAUAUAUUCAAGAAGAGUGCCACAAAAGCUCCAGCUGCAGUAGCCACUCCUGUUACAUCAGAAUAUCUCUUUUGCAAGGGAUUGUAUUAUCAGAUUGGUGACAUUGUUUCCUUAAUUGAUGUUGAUGGCGGAACAUACUAUGCUCAAAUAAGGGGACUGCUACAAGAUCAGUAUUGUGAGAAGAGUGCUGUGCUAACAUGGCUUCUUCCUACCAAAGCUUCCCCACCUCCUGAACAAGGCUUUGAUCCAUCUACAUAUAUAAUAGGUCCUGAGGAAGACAUUCCACGUAAGCUGGAGUAUAUGGAAUUUGAACGUCAUGCUCCAUCAGAUUACUUUAAGGAUCGCACUUCACCUUACUCUACAAUGACUUAUCGGCCACAGUCCUGUUUUGUUUGGUCAAGACUUGGCCCUCAAAUUAAACCAAUUGAAAAAGCAAAGGAACUUAUGACCAAAUAGAUGUUUAUUAUAUUUUGAUAUUUUUAAAAACAUGAAAUUGCAUAUGAAAUUAUUAGCCAGGUGAAUAUUUGUAUGCUAAUAUGUAUAACUUUUCAUUAAAACUGACAUAUUACUAGUGAGGAUCAGCAAUAAUCAUUGCACAGCCGCAUUGAUGCCAAAUAAAGAUGGUGGUAAUUAGAGGUUUCUUUUCCUUUUUAUAAAAAAGAUAUACACUUAGCACAUUUAUAGAGAGUUACUUAUGUACAGUAUGCCAUUAUCUAUUUAUUCUGCUGCCUCUGUGUCUUCACAUAUUUUUCAGCCAACAUGUCAGACUUGGAAAUUAUUAUUUAUUAUUUAAUUUUUAUUGUGUGGUACCCAAAAUUAAGGUUAUGUGGGCAUUGAUGGCAUGACUCCUCCACUAAGAUGUAUAGUAUCAUCACACCUGAGUGUGAUCGAAAUGUAUCUCACUUGAGCUUGUUUUGUGUCAGAAACGUGCCAUCUACAGUGGCCAUGAAAAAAAAGUACACAAAAUAUACACAAGAAUAAUGUACACAUGUGACAUAUUGUACUUUUCAUUUAUGUAUUCAUGGCAACUAAAAAUGGAGCAGAGCUACCAAUGACAUGGUGGUGUCAAGCCAGCCUUGUACUACCAUCUCAUAGCAACACACCCGUAAAUGAGCUGCCUCAGCGCUACGAGAGAUGAGGUUAUGUAUGCUGCUCCUGAGCGCCCCUUUGUUUACUUUCUCAUCAACUUUGGUGCCCUUUAACUCACCUUCCAGUGUUCUUGAUGGGGCAUACCAAGCUUAGUAAGGAAGAGAAAACCAGGGCCCUUACCGUUUUAGAACUGGGAAUGUCACUUGUGUUGCACAGACAAGAUUCUAUGGUGCGAAGUGAUGACAAAACUGUCCAUUUCAGCUGUUGGUUUUAAAAAACACCCAUAAUUACUGAAAAGUGUUGCUUUAAAUACAAUACAACAUUGGCUUCAGAUAAACCUUGUAUUGUCAACUUGAUGUGCUGCCAAAAAGCUCCUGGUCACAGAUGUCAUGAAGAAGAAAAGGCUGAAAUUUUGUAGGAAAUGCAAGGAUUGGACAUCACAACAGUGGCAGAAUAUCAUGUUUAGUGACGAAAGCACAUUUAGGCUGGUCAGGGGAGGCUCUAAGAUCAUCUGUCACAAGUGUCGUGUCAAAUUAUGACCUGCGGUACAUAGUCAAGACGGUGAAACACCCAGACAGUGUGAUGGUGUAGGAUCCCAUCAGUGAAAAAAUGGGAACAGGUGGACUGUACUUCCUCCCCAAAAAAUGUGACUGAAAUGAAUGCUCACAUUUUGGGACAUUCAUGACUGAUUAUUUUAUGCAUGAUAGUGCACCCUUCUACAGGUCCAAGGCAGUAAAAAAGUUUCUUUCUUAUCAGAGCAUUAAUGUUUUGGAGUGGCCAGGCAAUUAACCAGAUUUGAAGCCCAUUGAAAAUGCCUGGAAUGAGAUGAAGAAUGACCUGGCAGAUACAUGACCAACCAACUAUUCUGGAUAUGAAGCAGGCACUCAAGCAGUUGUGGCUGACAAUGAGUGCCACACACUUCACCAAUCUCGCCAAUUUAAUACUGAGGAGAAUUUAUAGUGUACUAAACAAUGAGGAGAACAUGUCUAGAUACUAAGUUUAGUAUCAAAAUGAAAAUAAAAGGCCAGUAAGUUGUU